AUGGCCCGCCUUUUUCUCACAGCCUGCAGCGCAUUGCUGCUGUCUGUUGGAGCAGCCGCCGACAAUUUUCCGUUCAUGACCCUCCAAACCGCUCCCUUCCUACCACCGCAAGUCUCAGUAACGAAGAGCGGCCACACGGAUCCGGGGUACAUAUUUGUUGGGCCUCGUGGAAAUCAGGAACUGGGAACCGCUGCCUUGAUAUACGAUGAAGAUGCCAACUUGGUCUACCAGGGACCGCAAGAAGUUACCGCUAAUUUCAAGGUGCAGAAACUCUUCAACGAGGAUGUCAUCACCUUUUGGGCAGGGAACAUGAUGAAGCUAGGCUUCGGAUAUGGUACCGUCCACAUUCUCGACAACACCUAUCGCGAGAUCUAUACCGUCACACUUCAAGACGAUUUUGUCUCUCCGGACGGCAACUCGAGAGAUUCAUACAUCGACCUCCACGAGAGCCAUGUGACACAUCGCAAUACCUUGCUAGUGACGGCCUACAAUGUGACCCAGCACGAUUUGACCUCGAUUGGCGGCCGUCCGGACGACCAUAUGCUGGAUGGGAAAUUCUAUGAGAUUGAUAUUGCCACGAACGAAAUUGUGUUUUCUUGGAGCGUCUUGGACCACCUGGAAGACAUACCUCUUGAGGAUUCGAAACAGGGCUGGGGAGAUGAUGUCGGGUCUCAGGAGACGCCUUAUGAUGCCUACCAUAUCAACUCGGUUGAACUGAUGGAAGACGGCUAUAUAAUCUCGCUUCGUCACUAUUGGUCUGGGUAUUUUGUCCACAAUAAUGGAUCCGUUCUCUGGAGGCUGGGUGGCGAGAAAGGCACGGGCGAUUUCGAGAUUGAUGAUAACGCCUCAUUCUCUUGGCAGCAUGAUAUCCGCAUCUAUAACCAGACAGAAGAGGGCUUUCAGAUGAGUCUUUUCAACAACGCGAAUACUCCGACAGAUGAAGUCGCUGCAACCACCGGGUUGAGUUUUGAUGUGGAUAUGGUGAAUCGCAAGGUCCACACUCAUCGAGUAUUGAAUGACACAGACGAUGUGAUCCACAGUGUCAGCCAGGGAAGUUACCAGCUUCUCAGCGAGGACACUCAGCAUGUUCUUCUUGGCUAUGGAUCAAUCGCUCGAGUAAAAGAGUAUGACGCAGAAAACAACGAGGUUCUCACUGUCCAGUUCGGCGAGGAUAAUGCAGUCGCAUCAUAUCGCGGCUACAAAUGCCAAUGGAAGGCGACCCCUUUCUGGAAGCCCGCCAUGGUUGUCCGACGGACAGGCCCAGACUCCAUUCUGGCCCAUAUGAGCUGGAAUGGGGCGACGGAGUAUGACAACUGGGCCGUCUACUCGUCAGCAUAUUCCGACGGGUCCGACCCUAAAUUUGAAGCGAUCGUCGAGCGGACCGGCUUUGAAUCUAGCAUCGAACUGCAUGGAUUACCCAGCGGCUUCCUCCAAGUGACAGCACGGAAGGGUGACAUUCCGCUAGGGACAUCGGAAGUCGCAUCAUUACAAACGGAGGUGGGCACUGAGACGGAGGUGGGCUCAGUGCAGACAGAGGCGGGCAAUUAG